AUGCCGGCCGAAGCACUAGCCCAUUUAGCUAAAGUGCUUCGCAUCACUCCGGAAACAUUUGAAGAAGCAAUCGAAACAGCAGCCGAAGUGCUUUUUCGUGGUGGCAUUGUAGCUCUUCCAACCGAUACAAUAUAUGGCGUUUCGACGCUCAUCGAACAUUCUGAUAAACUGUAUUCACUGAAACGACGCCCAAUGAACAAGCCAUUGGGUCUGUUUCUCUCCGAUCCAAGGGAAAUCCCUCUCUGGGCAUGUCCGACAAUUUCGCCACAAAUCGCUGCACAACUACUCCCUGGUCCAGUGACUUUGAUUUUCAAUCGUUUGCCUUCACUUCCUGCAAAUUUUAAUCCGGACCGAGAUGAUGUGGGUAUACGAGUCCCCAAUUCGCCAUUGGUUCUAGCUCUGACGGCUCGUCUGGGUGUACCGCUUGCACAAACUUCUGCAAAUGUCAGUGGUUCUGCGGCUAAUCCAACAUCUGUGACAGAUUUUAGCCAUCUAUUUUCCGAAAUCGAUUUAGUCCUCGAUGGAGGGGUGAUUGGAAAACCACUUGAAUCACCAUCCAACAACGAGGGUAGUACCAUCAUAGACUUAACACAGAAGGAUUUUUAUAGUGUUGUACGUGAAGGAUGCGCUCUGAAGCACACAGAAGAACUGCUCAGAGCGGCAGGAAUCAAACCUCUGAAAAAGUUUUAUUGCUAG